AGACAGGCAGAGCGAGAUUGGAGAGACUGGAGAGAGAGAGGGAGGGACUGUACGUACCAGACUGUGAGAAACAGUUCUCUUACCAUACGCUCCUAGCUGGGUGUUUUCCCUCAUUACCUAACCCUCAUGCUGGUCCUCGUUCCUCACUGCCCUGAUCACUCCAUGGGACUCCAGACCCGGCCGCUAAGCGACCCGGCUCUCUCCUCCUCUAUGGCGUGCCUCGACGUGGAGUCCCCCGCCGUCUGCAGGGCUAGUGACCGCUGCAGAACUUCCUCCAGAACAAGAUUCAUGAAAAAACUGCUAACCUGACCCUGGUGUGAACGUGUAAUGGGAACCAUGGAUAGGGAGCAGGAACACAGUGUUCUGAGCCAUGGAGGCGCAGAGGGGCUUUGUAAAAGUUUUGGGGGCUCUGAGCAUGGGCUCAGUUGCUCCCCUGCCUUGGCUCCCUGGGACACUCUGUGCUCAUCUGUCCACCAGUGGGAGCGGGUCCCCCCCACUCUGUACAAUGCUUUGGGUUCCAGUCCAGUCCCGGCCCCCACCCCCAUCCCACCUCCAGACUCCAUGGUUCCCAGGCCUUCUUCUCACAGCUGCCCAGUUUAUUUUAGCUGGAGUGAGUCACGUUGACCUGGUCAGACGCAGUGACUGUCCCAGGGGACUAGAGCAGAGCAGGCCUGGUCCUCCAGCGCCGCCUGCAGCAGAGACGCACCCGUGAGCAGCUAGUGGAGCAGGGCAUCAUGCCACCACUGAAAUGCCCUGCUGCCUUCCACGAACAGAUCCGCAGCCUGCAGAGGUCCAGGACUGAGAACUUCUUGAAGCACAAAAUCCGCAGUAGACCUGAACGUUCAGAGCUGGUCCGCAUGCACAUCCUGCAAGAGACCCAUGCGGAGCCCUCUCUGCAGGCCACUCAGAUGAUGUUGAAGAGAGCCAGGCUGGAGGAUGACCUCAAUGAGAAGCUGGCCCAGCGACCCGGCCCCAUGGAGCUGGUGGUCAAGAACAUUCUGCCUGUGGAACCCAGCCUUGUCAAGGACGGCGUCACCGAUCCCCCAGACGGUGAGGUGGAGAAUGACUUCCCCAAGACGAAAACACCUGAUGUGUACAACUUUGACGAGGACAGCAGCGACGCCCUGUCCCCAGAGCAGCCAGCCAGCCAGGAGUCCCAGAGCUCCUCUGCCCCCUCACCCUCCCCCAGAACCCCCAGGGUGACAGAAGCCCCUGUUGCCCUCUCCACCUCCCCACCGACCAGCUCCAUCACCAUGAAGCACUGCCCACCUACCUCCCAGUCCACAACAGACUUCUUCAACUUCUCUCAUGUCUCCACCAAUGAGCAUCAGAACAAUCGCCUGGAGACCACGCCUCAGCCAAUCACCAUUGUUGCCACUCCAAAGCCGGGGCCCAUGUUAGUAAAGCAAAGCCAGCCGAAGACACCCAAUGACAAGAGCCGCAGUAAGAAGAAUAAGGAUCCCAAGCCACGGGUGAAGAAGCUAAAGUACCACCAGUACAUCCCCCCGGACCAGAAACAGGAGGCCAACGAGGCCCCCAUGGACUCAGCCUACGCCAGGCUCCUGCAUCAGCAGCAGCAGUUCCUCCAGCUGCAGAUACUGAGCCAGCAGCAGCAGCACUAUAACUACCAGACCAUCCUGCCUGCCCCACUCAAGUCGGCGGAGGGUCAGAACAGCUGCUCCAACAUGUCUCUGAGUGGCAGCAGUCUGUCCAGUCCCAUCAUGGUCUCUCUACCCAGCGCUGCCCCAGCACGGUCUAACCAGACUCUGACAAACCGCAAGCCUGGUGUCCUACCUGCCAACCUGGACGAAAUGAAGGUAGCUGAGCUGAAGAUGGAGCUGAAACUGAGAGGUCUUCCGGUGUCUGGCACCAAGACUGACCUGAUAGAGAGACUAAAGCCUUAUCAGGAGAUCCCCAGCAGCCAGGCUGCCACUGCCAUGGAGCUGACAGGCUACACAGGGGCCCCACAACCUGAGAGCAUGAGCUCCACACCUCCUGUGUCACCAGUGCCCUCGGAGGUCUCCAGCCUGGGCAUGGAGGAGGCUGGAAUGCCAGGAGCUCUUUCCCCAGCUCGGCCCACUCCUUCUGGGUCGUCUCCCCUCCAAGGCCGCCUGGAGGACAGCCCAAUGGAAACCAGAACCUCAGAGAAGGACCAUCGACUGCACGAGAAGGAGCGUCAGAUCGAGGAGCUGAUGAGGAAGCUGGAGCAGGAGCAGAAGCUGGUGGAGGAGCUGAAGAUGCAGCUAGAGGUGGAGAAGAGGGGUCUGCCCAGCCCUCCAGCCCCCAUGGCCCUGGCCCAGGUCAAAGAAGAGGGCAGGGCCGCCUCAAUCUGCUCUGCCUCUGCGCAUAGCCCACUAGCAGUGGUGAAACAGGAGGAGCCCAGCUCAGGCCAGGUGCAGACGUCCCCCCUGCCUCAGUUCUUCAUCAGCCACCAGCAGGUGCCUCAGGUCCUCAGACAGCCCCAGCCUCAGACCUCACUGUCUGGCCAGCCUGGGACACAGAUCCUGCUGCCUGUCUCCCUGCCCACCAGCACUGCCACCAUCCAGCUACCGAACAACAGCAUUAAGCUGCAGGUCAGAGAGCCAGUCCUGCAGACCACAUUUAGUACUACAGCUCCAGGCCUCUUCCAGAAAACAGAGGCCUCAGCACCCCACCAACAACAACACACCACCCAGACCCAACCCAUAGCACAGAUGACAGUCCCACUGUGCACCACCACCACCUCAGGCUCUGGGUUCCAGUUCAGAGCAGGCCCAGGUCAGACAGAGAUCCCCCAGUGUUUCCUAAACACUUUCCCAGGGAGCAGGUCCCCUGCCAGGGCCUCGUCCAACCAAGCAGUCCCCAAUGGUCCAACAAAUAAGUCCCCUUCUCCCUGCCAGCCCAACUUCUCAAACCACAUCCCCAAGAGUAAGGACCCGCCACGCUACGAAGAGGCCGUUAAACAGACGCGCAGAAUGCAGACUGCUGCACAGGUACCCACUGCAACCAGCCAGCACAUGGAUGACCUGUUUGACGUGUUGAUCGAGAGUGGAGAGAUCUCCCCCUUCGUCAGACUGGACCCUUCCUUUCCAGACAAGCUGCUUCCUGUGACCGCCAGCGUAACCACCCUGCCCUUCAACACGGUGCUAUCCCGCCCCCCGCCCCAGAUCCAGGUGGCCCGCCCGCCUGCCCCCACCCUUAACCCCCCGGCCCCACCCAGCCUGACAGGCCUGGCCAUAGACAACCAGCUGGAGGCCUUCCUGGAAUGCACGCUGAAGGGGGAGACUGAGCCCCAGACACUGAGGUUGAUGGAAGAGCUGCACAGUCAGCUGCUGGAGCACUCCCCCAUGGACACGGACACCACCGGGUUCAACAAUGUCAGUGCACCCCCCUCCAGCUACCACCUGGACCACACCAACCUGGACAACAUGGAGUGGCUGGACCUGACCAUGCCCGGGCCGACGGGGGGACUCAACCCACUAGGCCUUCCCCCGUCUGGGGUCUUCUCCUCUGACUUCCUGGACUCCCAUGACCUGCAACUACAUUGGGAAUAAGGGGCGUCAAUGUGACCUCCACCCCCCACCCCACCCAAACAGGCCUGUUCAGACAGAGGGCUGUCAGGGAGAGACACACACAUACUGAUAAGUGAGACGGAGAGGUCAGUCCUUCUCCAGUGGAAGUGGGGGAGGAGAGUGCAGUGCUGCUGGCCUUGAGUCCCUGCAGGGCUACAGCAGCACUAGUGGUGGAUCUCACUGCUCUGAGCAGAUCGGAGUGCUAGAGGCAUGGACCCUCCUUUGUCAUUGGAUAUACAGUGUAGCUGUUUCCCUCUGAGGUAUCGUCCCUCAUAACAGCCACUCAUUCUAAGGAAGGCUAAGCACCCGCUGGGCUGUGGUAUAGAUCAAUGGUAUGAAGAGGUCGAUCUCCCCCUGUGAUCUCUUUCAGAAGAGGACCUGGUCUGAGGAAGGGUGGUCUCUCCUGAAAUAGUGCUACAGUAGAUAAGGAGCGGGAUCAGGAAAUGUGAUCCUGGCUCAGGAUGAGAACACGCUAGUGGAAACAGAUGUUGACCCAGGUGUUAGAGAAUUUCACGCCUGGUUCUGACUGCGCCAGUGGCAUGGUUACUGAGUGACUUUCGUGAUAAAUUUGACAGACAGCGCAGAGAGAUUGUAUAUAUUAUAAGCCUAUGUCUACAGUAGCAGUAGUCUGUCUGCUCUGCUGCAUACAUCACUAAGGCCGCUUUAUUACAGUCCUGUGUAUGUAUAUGACAUAUUGGAAUGUGGUAUUAGCUUAGCAUUAUGGCUUUGAAAUAACUGCUAUUGCUUUACUCAGUGCCCCCAUGCGAUUCCCAUCACGGGAGGGAAUUGGACACAGAUGCGAAAAGACUGCACAUAUUGCAUUAUGCCUUAUAAGACCAUUUGCCAAAUAUCUUGAUAUUUUUAACACGUUUCUUUCACUUAAUUCAACUAAAGACUUUCCAAAGAGUACACAGAGUGAUGACUGAUUGUGUUGUAACUAAAAUAAAGCAGGAGACUACUUAAAGUGAGUGUUAACAGUAAGCACCCUUAUGUCAUGUAAGAUAAAACAGUGAGUGCACGAUACCCUCAUUUAGUAUCAUUGGUUGACAAUACGAUAGCUGUCGCCCUGAGAACUCUUGAAUUAAUCCAAAUUAGAAGUUGAGAGCCAUCACAUUUUUAGCAGCUGUUGUUCUUACUCUAUUCUUGUGUAGGGGAGAGUAGGGCCAAUGUGAGUUUGUUUACCAAACUACAACGUGCUUUGCCUGAGUGUGCAUGGGGUCACAAUAGGUGGCACAGCACCGCUGUAGCUAGCUAGCCCAGGCCUAUGUCCUUUAUAUUAUCGACAAAAGAGCCUUUGAAAAUAUUCUCUCUCUCAACCCUAUUGUCAGGUCUGGAGUGGAUUUAUCCCAAUGUACAGAUCAGCUGAAUCCUGCUUGUUUAUGUGUGACAUGCAGUGCACCUGAGCUAGAGCUGGUGUGUAGAGCUGGUGUGUAGAGCUGGUGUGUAGAGCUGGUGUCUGUGUGUGCACUGCACAUCUGUGUUGCAUAUCGCUUUUGCUUGUUUUGACUCUAGGAACUGGCAGAAAUAUAGCCAGUAAAUUCCCCUCGGCAUUUCAAUGGCUCUCUUCAAUAUACCGUCUGACCUUAGUUGGCUGACAUACCGAGAACAAACAAAUUGACAUCAUUCAGUUUGACAAGCCAAGGAGUCACAGUGAAUCAGCAGAGGUGAUUCAAGGCUGUCUUGUGCUUUUGUGAUCAGUUUAGCAAUAUUUGUGGCUAUAGUUCUGCAGGUUCAAAUGUAAGCAUCAUUAUUGUAUAAUUUUGUUGUAGUAGGCCUGAUGUGUCUCUAUUCAUGAAGCCUUAGUCCAGCAGAUUAUGUAGGAUCGGGAUUUCAGCCACUCACAUCACAUCAAGAGGCAACCUUUCAAAACACCUUUCAAAACACAUUUCAAAGCAGUGUGUGAUCCAUAUGUACAAUUACUACCAACAGAUGGGUAUUAAAAUGAUCUCCACACUGUUGUAAUAGCCUUGGUUUUCACUCCUCUCUCCCAGUUGAAGUCUUCUUUUAGGUCAAAAUCCUACAUGAUUAUUGCAAUCGUACACAUGUAGUUAAAAAAUUACAUUACAGUGACAUAUACUGGCCAAAGAUCAAAUGUGAAAGCAUUUGAAAUGUUGAACCAACGGUUAAAAUGGGUUAAGGCAGAGGGGUUUACAGAUGGGUUGACUUUACAAAAGUUGUCAGUCCUCUUUAUCAAGCAGUCUGGGCUACACAACGGAUAACUGCCUUUAGAAACACAGAAACCUUUCUGCAAUUUAGUAGAGCCCCCAAAAAUGGAAGAAGCUUUAAAACACUAUUCGGCAUGAUAAAGUUUGACGCACCAACGACAGCAUAAGCAUUCAUUGGAAAUACACUGCAGACCGUGCUAAAGAAAUAUGUAUUUCAACGGUUUGGAUCAAUUCUAGCCUACCUGUCUGUCCCCUACCAAAGAAAAUGACUUAUAGGUCCAAUGCAGCUGUUUUUAACUCAAUAUCAAAUACUUUCUGAGUAACAAUGAAGUACCUUACUGUUAUUGUUUUCACUUAAAAUGAUCAAAAAGAAACUAAAACAGCUCCUUAGCAAAGAGCAAUAAUUUUACUAUGACUGUCUGGGAGUGGUCUGAGUGAGGAGGGGGAAACUGAAAACUAGCUGAUAUUGGCAGAGAGGUUUGGAACUAGACACACCGGUGUGCCAGACACACUGGUUUGAGUCUGUCAAUAACUGCAAAGCUGCUGGGUUUUCAUGCUCAACAGUUUCCCGUGUGUAUCAAGAAUGGUCCACCACCCAAAGGAUAUCCAGCCAACUUGACACAACUGUGAGAAGCAAGCAUUGGAGUAAACAUGGGCCAGCAUCUCUGUGGAACACUUCAACACCUUGUAGUCCAUGCGCCGACAAAUUGAGUCUGUUCUGGGGGGGAAAGAGGGGUGCAACUCAAUGUUAGGAAGCUGUUCCUAAUUCCUAAUGUUUUGUACAGUGUAUAUAAAUGCUUUUGAGUGCACUGGUCCUUUAAUGCCUCAAUGUCACACAUUUCUGUUAGAAAUACAGACAAAAGUACUUAAAUUGCAAAGCAGUUUACACUGUGAGUGGAUAAAAAUGGGUAGCUAAUCAAAAAAACACUGCCUGCUCCUGAUUGGUCUUUGUGCACAACUUUGUUUUUGUCUGAGCAUCAGUGCCCCAUUGAUCAUGUGUCCAAACUACAGAAAGGGAGAAUGAGCUGGAAUCAGAAGUCAUUUUAUUUGUACUAUACUAGUAUAGCCCCUUCCCUUGCAAUGGUGUAUUGAUACAUAGUUAGUAUGCCAUACAUUUUGCACAUUGUGUAUAUAUUUUGUCAUGCAUUUAAAAAAAACUUUUUUUUUUUUUUUUUUACAAAUGUCGCACAUGAGCUCUUUUCGUACAUUUUAUACAAAUGUAGCACAUCUAAGCUCUUUUGUAUUAAGACUGUUUGGUGUAUACAGUAUGCAUACUACUGUAUACCCAUAAUGUGUAUAUAUAGCCUUUUUGUGUCAAUAAAAACGGUCAUGUACAUUGA